AUGACAUCAAAAGACCUCUCGCUCGAGGAGCUCAAGGACCUGCAGAAGCAGCUCUCGAAGCUCGCAAGCUCGACCGACUCAGACGCCAUCCUUUCGGUCUUCUCCAAACUCAAAAGCGGCCUCUCGGCGCCCACAGAAGAUGUGAUUCGCCAGAGCAAGAUCGGUGUCGCCGUGGGAAAGUUGCGCUCGCACUCGGACAAGAAGGUUGCCGACCAGGCCAAGGCGCUCGUCAAGGACUGGAAGGCCACCGUGGACAAGCAGCGCGCACAGCAGCAAUCCAGCGCCGCCAGCAGCAAGCCCUCGUCCUCGUCCGCCUCGCCCGCUCCCGCAUCCAAGCCAGCAGACGCCGCGGCUGAAGCAGAAAGCAACGGCGCAGCAGCAGCGAAAUCGUCGGCGCCAUCGGCAUCUGCAGCACCGGCUUCGACAACAAAGAUCGACUUUGAGAUCCUGCAGGACAAGGUGCGCAAUGCGUGUCUCAAGCUGCUCUACCAGGCGCUCGAGAUCGGCAAGGAGCAGCACGGCCACAGCGACUCUCAGGUGUUUGACGCCGCCAUCGCGGUCGAGGCCGCCAUUCUGGCCAACCAGGGCAAGGGAAGCGUGACGGCCGACUACCGCAACAAGGUGCGCAGUCUGUCGCUCAACAUCAAGGACAAGAACAACCCGGACCUGCGCGUGCGCGUCGUCGAGCGCGACAUUGCCGCCGACAAGCUCGUCACGAUGACCAACGAGGAACUCGCGAGCGACAAGCGCAAACGCGAGAUCGAGGAGCUCCAGAUGCAGAACCUCUUCAAGGCCAAGGGCGCCGCCGCACAGGAGGCAGAGACCGACGCCUUCCAGUGCGGACGAUGCAAGCAGCGCAAGACCAGAUACUACCAGAUGCAGACCCGAUCCGCCGACGAACCCAUGACCACCUUCGUCACAUGCACAAACUGCAACCACAAGUGGAAGUUCUGCUGA